AUGAUCACAAAUGAUAAAGAUAAUUAUGAGGUCUUGAGACCUCUUGGUCAAUCCGAGAAGUACCAGUUAUCAAAGAUGAUAGCUGGAGUAUAUAAUAGUGCAUCCUUUUUCUUCCGAUUCGAAGUGGCCAAACCAGGAGUUGUAGUGAACCCAGAAUAUCUUAGAAGGAAGGUCUAUCCAUUGGUCACUUAUUGGUUCAACAAUCAUACAUUCCUUCAGAUGGGAGUGACCAACAUCCACACCGACACUCCUUGCUACACACGAUUCAAAACAUUGGACCUUACCAAAGUAGUCCGAAUACUAGAGGUCGACAACUUCUGGGAGCCAACUACAAUUGAAAAUCUUAUGGAAGUGAUGAUGAAUGAUAGAUUGCCAAUGGAUGAGACAUCAUCACCAAUCAGAUUAUUAUUAUGUUGGCAUAGGGAUCAACCCAGUCAAUUCGUCAUUAUAUCAUCUUACAAUCACUUGGCAUCUGAUGGCCUCUCAUUCAAACUACUCUUGGAGGGAAUGGUCGUGGACUCGGAGGAAACAAUGGACAUGAAUCCAAUCCAAACAUUAGACAGCAGUCGAUUCAAAAUCAAUGAGCCACUGGAAGUGUAUAAUCCACAUAAGGUUGGUCCACUCAAGCUCGGAACAGUGUUGGCCUACUACAACUACAUGCCAUCGCCCAUAAAGAGAUACAGCAACUCGUUCUGGGCCGGUACCAAACGUCAAGAGCUUCAACAAUGUGAUAGCAGGAUAAGGAUUAUCUCUGUAUCAAUGACCGACUUUGUUUCAUUCAUUGAACUGUGCGGUAGACACAAGGUGACAGUCCACAAUGGAAUGUACACGGUGAUACUCCAGAGCAUCUCAGAGGUGUUUGGCGUCGACAGAGCAUUGAAGUUGAAGUCUACCACGGUUGUCAACGUUCGAAAGCCAUGCAAGUUGGUCGAUGAGGACACUGGUAUAUUCCUCUCGUCAAUCUCGCGCGAGACUAUCGUUCCACCUCACAACUUGGACAAUCCAAAGUUCUUCUGGGAGGAGUGCACCAAGUACAAGCUACACCUGAGGAACAGAUUCAUGGACUCGCUGCUCCACAUUGGCUGUCUGGCACCCAUCACCGACAACUUCCCUCACAAGAUGCUCAACUACUGGACCAAGAUGAACAGGGACAAUCCAAUGGGUCGUUCGUCAAGCUUCUGCAUCAGUGAUCUGGGCCAGUUCAACAUGAAGGAGAAGGAGGGUUCCGAGUGGAUCUGUAGGGAUCUCAUGGCAGGCCAGACACCGACCAUAUCAAGCACCGCCUUGAUGUUCUCCUUUGUCGGUAGUCAAUUGAGUGAUCACUGGUAUGGAACGGUCAGCUACCAGCGUGGUGCCAUCACAGACUCUGAGUGUAAUCAACUCGUGGAAGUGAUCGAGAGGAACAUCAAACGAUGUCUAACAUUAGGAAUGAAUAAACUUUAA